GAAGGGAGAGGCGGAUUUGGCAGUCAGGAGGGACCGUGGCUCAGAAAUGGAAAGUGUGGCCUGGCCGUCCUGCCCUGGUGUGUGUGUGGGAGGGGAGCAUGGUGCCGCAUUGUCCUCUCCCGACCCCAAGCUCCUCUCCUGUAGGACGAGGCUAUGACAGGACGCAUGGGGAAUGGGCUAAUCUUAAGGGGGCUCAGGGAAGCAGUCUCCCUGGCACCGGAGGACCCGCAGGAAACGGAAGGUCAAGGGGCAGACGUGACCCCGAGGAGUUUAAAGGUCAAGGGCCACCAGUUGGGUCAGAGGUCCCCGGCUAAUCCGCCACAACAGGUGAAGGGAAGGCUAGGGGCUUGGACAGAGGAUCCAAGGGCCAGAUUUCCACUUUCAGCAGCUUCGUUUCAAGUGUUACCCAGAAGAAAGAAGCCACUGAAAAUAGAAGCUCGCCUACCCAUCUUGCUCUCCCUAACAUCAGGAAUGUGAGAGACCUACCACCAAUUUGUCUUGACGUUAGACAAAAACAGCGCAUGUCUAUGGAUUCAUUAUCAUCUGAAGUGAAGGUCCCACCCCUUCCAGAACCUAUUCUUCCUAGCCAGCCCAAAACUGUGAAAGACUUUGAGGAAGAUUUAGAAAAAGCUGAGGCCACAGGAAAUUGGAAAACAGUACAUGCUUUUUAUAUAACUGCAUUUGAUUCUUUCACAGAAUUAAAUGCUGCAUUUAAGAAAGAUGCCACAGCCUCAUUUAAUACUAUUGAGGACGCUGGGAUUAAUGCCAAUUUGGUGAAUGCAGUAUUUGAUGCCUUACUUAAUACUCCUCAAGAUAUUCAGAAGUCAGUAUUGAAGGGAAUCAUUAACAGCUUGUUACAAGAAUGGAAAGGUCCACGAACAAAAGAUGAUCUUAGAGCAUAUUUUAUACUGUUACAGAAUCCUCAAUUUAAUAUCACAUCUACAUAUGUCAUCUAUGCUCACUUGCUACGACAGAUAGCUACCUUAGUGGAAGCUGACCAUCAUUUCCUAGUUCACUGGCUUAAAAAAUUAUCCCAGAAGAAAUUCAAGCAACUGGUAGAGAGAUUGCUGCAAUUUGUUUCUUUACGCCUGUUUCCAGCAAAACCUGAAGAAUUCCCGCCUCUAACAAAGUGUACCUGGUGGAUUCCAUCAGCUGCUAAAGUUCUGGCUUUACUUAAUACUGCCAACAAUUUGGUUCACCCACCCCUUGUUCCUUACACUGAUUUCUAUAAUUCUACCUUGGAUCACAUUGAUCUCAUGGAAGAGUAUCAUACUUGGCAGAGCUUUGGGAAUUCUCACAGCAGGUUUUCCUUCUGUCAGUACCCAUUCGUUAUUUCUAUAACUGCAAAAAAAAUCAUUAUUCAAAGAGACUCAGAACAACAGAUGAUAAGCAUCGCAAGGCAAAGUUUGGUGGAUAAAGUAUCACGAAGACAAAGACCUGAUAUGAAUAUGUUAUUUCUAAAUAUGAAAGUAAGGAGGACACAUCUGGUUAGCGACUCACUUGAUGAGCUGACCCGGAAAAGAGCUGACUUGAAGAAGAAAUUGAAAGUUACAUUUGUAGGUGAAGCUGGUUUGGAUAUGGGUGGCUUGACUAAAGAAUGGUUCCUUCUUCUAAUUCGCCAGAUUUUCCAUCCAGAUUAUGGCAUGUUUACAUACCACAAGGAUUCACACUGCCAUUGGUUUAGCAGCUUUAAGUGUGAUAACUAUUCUGAGUUCCGAUUGGUUGGAAUUCUCAUGGGACUAGCUGUUUAUAACAGCAUCACCUUGGAUAUUCGUUUUCCUCCCUGCUGUUACAAAAAGUUACUGAGCCCUCCUGUUGUACCUAGUGAUCAGAGCACACCAGUAGGCAUCUGCAGUGUUACCAUUGACGACUUGUGCCAGAUUAUGCCUGAGUUGGCCCAUGGAUUAAAGGAACUCUUAUCAUAUGAAGGCAAUGUUGAAGAAGAUUUCUAUUCAACAUUCCAGGUUUUUCAAGAAGAAUUUGGAGUAAUUAAAUCCUAUAACUUAAAGCCAGGGGGUGAUAAGAUUCCAGUUACCAAUCAGAAUAGAAGAGAAUAUGUACAGCUUUAUACUGACUUCCUUUUGAACAAAUCUAUCUAUAAGCAAUUUGCUGCAUUUUACUGUGGAUUUCAUAGUGUGUGUGCUUCAAAUGCCCUAAUGCUGCUUCGUCCAGAAGAGGUUGAAAUUCUAGUUUGUGGAAGUCCUGAACUGGAUAUGCAUGCACUGCAGAGGAGUACACAGUAUGAUGGCUAUGCAAAAACAGACCUGACCAUAAGAUACUUUUGGGAUGUUGUGCUUGGAUUUCCUCUUGAACUUCAGAAGAAGCUGCUACACUUUACCACAGGAAGCGACAGAGUACCUGUUGGAGGGAUGGCUGAUUUGAAUUUUAAAAUUUCAAAGAAUGAAACUUCUACUAACUGGUUACCUGUGGCACACACUUGCUUCAAUCAACUCUGCCUUCCCCCAUACAAGAGCAAAAAAGAUCUGAAACAGAAACUGAUUAUUGGAAUUUCAAAUUCAGAAGGGUUUGGACUUGAGUAACCUAGAAGACUUGAAAUACAGUAUUCUAUAUGUAGCACUCAGUUCCCUCUUACUGUGCCUUUAAAACUUUCAUGUUUCGGUUUCAAAACAUUUUCACAAAGCUCACCACUUUUAAAAUAAUGAGGGUCUUUUUUUUUUACUGAGAUAUGAAAUAUGUGUAGUGAAGGCAUGAUUUAAAAUAUAUAUAUAUUUCCAAAAUGUAUUCAGUGAGAAAAAGAGCCUAUGGCAGAAACAGGUCUGAGUCCAGCAGUCUUUUUAUAGCACUUUGUUGUUGUCCGUAUGUAGUUUGUCACAGGUGUCCACUGGGAAAGCCAAGUGCAGUAAGAGUGUUUCUGUGACAUGAUGGAACCCAGUGGCAGAUGUGUGCUGGCAGCACACUGUAGCAGAGCAGAGAGCUACAUUAUCUUUACCAUAAAGCAUGUAGCCAUAUUUUCAUACAAAGGUAACAACAGUAUAACUGCAAGUGCAGUUCACAGGGUCUUUUGAUACAUCGGUUUGGGGUCCUCUAAGAUCUUUUCACCGUUGCUGAAAAGCAUGUAAAUAACACGACACAGCAGCCGAAGAAUCAUGGGAUUUUGAUAGUGCCAUUUAUUGCUAAAGAUUUAUUUUUACAAAGUAAAUUUAGGGUUUUAGAUGUGUAUACAGCUUUUACAAAUCAACAAAGAUGAUUGUACAAGAGUAUUUUCAGACCAAUUGGAUUCAUGGUUAUAUUCUUUUAAGUAUUGUUAGUCUGCAUGCUCCCUGACAGUAAAUUGGUUACUUGAGUAUCCUGUCAUGUUUGUAUAAUGGUAUUUCUCCUUAAAAAUCAAUAUAGUAGAGCAAAUUAGACCAAACUAGUCAUUGACUACUUAAAAUAAUUACAAGCACAAAAGAAACCCGGCUAUUUUAUAUAUUUUGAUGUACAACUUAUAUCUACAUUUUUGAUCACCAGUUAUAAAAAACACUAAUUUUUGGAAAAUGUAGGAUAAGAUAUUUGACAAAAGUGAAAUACAAUUAAAAACAUUUAUGUCAAAAUGAUGUAGAAGUUUGACAUUUUGGCUAAAAUGUUUGUUUUUUUCACUGGAUUCUAAAUAUAGUAAAUUCAAAGGUACCUUUGUUUUCUAUUUAUAAUAAAAUAGCAUGUAAAAACUGCAUUUUUAAGCCCCAGAGUUUUUGUUUUGUUUUGUUUUAAUUUAUAGUGAAGCAGUUUUAUUAGCAUGUUACAAACAUUUCCAUCUCAAGACUUAUUCUUUGAUAGCUUUUCUUCAGAAAACUCUGAAGUGACAUUCGCAAUAAGAAUGAAACCAGCAUUUAGUACCAGCACAUGACCCACAGGCAAGUAACACUUGGCCCCCUUCCUGAGCUAGGCAUUUCCUUGUUGCUAUGCUUCCUGCACCCAACCAGCAGAACUCAGGGUGCAGCAGUUCAAGUCAGUGUGCCCAUAGUUCUGACGUCCACCCACGUGUGUUAGAGAACCCAACUUCCUUUCCUGUGAGGCUUGAGACUGCAAAUGACUACGUUCCCAUUUGAGUAUACCAAAAGGAUACUUCUUCUUUAAAAUCUUGGAAAGCCUAAGACAGCUAAAGGUACAUUUGCUUUGGUGUGUAUAUUGUUUUAAAUCCAUAUGCAAAUAAAACUGCUUCUCUCUUGCACUGCGUAGAGAUGUUUAAUGUAGGUUCCUACUAACAAGCACAAAGAAUUAUGUAUAGGAAACCAGAUUUAAGUGUUUUCAGUAAAAUGUAAAUGAAGUUUUUAUUUGUUAGGGCUGACUCAUGGAAAUAGUAUUGGUUUGGUUUGGUUUGCAUGUCUAACGAUGUAUGUUGAUAGCUAUGUCACUUUUGCAAGUACACAGGCAAGCCAAAUUGUAAGUGACAAAGUCCAUAAAUAAUGGGAAAUUUGUUGUCUUUUAUUAAGUUGAAGUUUAUAACCAUUAAUUGAUAAGUCAUAUAUUUAUGCUCUGUUUUGGUUUACAAUGUAAUAAUACCUCAUUUUAAAAGUAAAAACUACUACUGUUACAUUUUAUUUUAAUCAGCUAGAAAAUUCAUGUAGCUUUUUAAAUAUACAACCUGUUAAUGAUUUCUUGAGUUUUUCUAUCUGCCAUAGUAAAUUAAAGCAUUGCACAGUAUUUAUUAGUAUUUA